AUGGUGCUUCAUUGGAAGGCACCAACCGAGUCGGGCUGCCACCUAAACCAGUCGAAGGUCCUGCUCUCCACAGACUACCUGGAAGACGGUGCCCCUGUCAAUGCCAGCGCACCCUCCAGCACCACCGUGGAGCUGUGGGGUGUACUCAGUGGCGAGUCCUGGACGCGAGGCCGCGACUUCUUCGGCAGGGGGGAGUCUGAGGGCGAGGAAUCGGUCUCCUUGAACGGCAGCGAGGAGGAUUUCGACGAAUCGAGAUGUGGAGACGACGACGAUGUGCAGGUGGAUGGUGACAGGUUCUGGCAAGAGAAGGAGCAGCUUCCGUUCGACGGUCUUUUGCUGACCAACGAACAUGUGGGCCAGAUGCUAGUCCAGGAAGUGGCGGUCGGUGGAAAUCAUUGCAUUCUGGUGACCGAUGCCGGCCAUGCCUUCGCCUACGGAAGCAACGGCAG